AGCCCAAACCUAUCGCCGUUUGACCUUCACCGUUUGCGUGCGAUUUGGUUAAUUUAAUUCAAAACAUUUAGAAAAAUGCGUCUAACGUUGACCCGGCUGGCCAGCCUUACGCCCAAACUUAAGGAGCUGCGCAUCGUGCUAGAUCCAGCUGGCGAGGCCUCCAAAGGAGCCAGGGAAUUUGUGCAGAAAUUCUAUCCAAAUCUGAAGAAAGCCAAUCCCGAUUUGCCAAUACUGGUGCGCGAAUGCUCUGGCGCACAGCCAAGGCUAUGGGCGCGUUAUGGCAAAGGCAAGGAAAUUUCCGUGUCGCUGAGUAACCGCGAGGCGCCCGACAUCCAAAAACAACUGGAAGCGGUGGGCAAGUAAACGGAGAAGCCAAAAAUACUUAUCUAGCGGGGAGGGUAACCAAUUUUAGGCGUUAUUAAAAGUACAAAAGACAAACCCAA